CGACCGAGCUGAUGAAGUCAUGAACUAUGAUUAUGAUUAUGAUGACGCAGACAAUGAUUAUGAUGACGAGGUUAGUUUUCUUAGCUAUAGUAUACACCAUACGAGGAAACUUCCUAAAAGUUGAUUGAUUCAUGGCAUACAUUUAGUCCGCGUGUGCCGAUUAAAUAACUAAUGACCAUUUCUAUCUGGCCAAGCAUACAUAUGCUUUGCGUUGACUGUUUCACAGAAUCACCUUCUCUUUCUGCUGCUAUAAAUAUAUAGCCUUCCAAAAGCCAAGCCACACAACACAACGAAGCCAAAAAAGACAGUUGCUUUGAGAAACAAAAAACUCAAGUGGCCUCCUCUUCCUAUUUCCUUGUCAUCGCCCUUCUUGCAUUGGCCUCAUGGCAGACCAUGGCUUCUGAUCCGAGCCCUCUCCAGGACUUCUGCGUCGCCGAGAACAGCUCACAUGUUCUAGUUAAUGGAUUUGUCUGUAAAGACCCAAAGGAUGUGAAGGCCGAAGACUUCUUCUUGGCGGCCAAACUCGACAUGCCGAGAGACACAAAGGCGAACAAAGUUGGGUCCAAUGUCACUUUGAUCAAUGUAAUGCGGAUUCCUGGCCUCAACACAUUGGGCAUCUCCCUUGCGCGCAUCGACUAUGCACCUCUAGGCGAGAACCCACCGCACACUCACCCGCGUGCCACUGAGAUCCUCACCGUGCUUGAAGGGACCCUUUAUGUCGGCUUUGUCACAUCCAACCCAGACAACAAGUUCUUGUCGAAGGUGCUUAACAAGGGUGACGUGUUUGUAUUCCCAGAAGGUCUCGUCCACUUCCAAUUCAACCCUAACCCCUACAAACCAGCGGUGGCAAUUGCUGCACUUAGCAGCCAGAACCCUGGGGCAAUAACCAUUGCCAACGCUGUGUUUGGGUCAAAACCGGCAAUCUCAGACGAUCUUCUUGCCAAGGCGUUCCAAGUGGAGAAGAGGACUGUAGACUGGCUUCAGGCUCAGUUUUGGCAGACAACCAGAACUAAUGAUGUCUUGCAUGGACAAACGUUGAAAAUAGAACUGUCUUGGAUCAUAUACAAUAUAUUUGUUUGUUUUAUUGUACUAGCUUCUAAAACAUUUAUCCUCUAUGGUUGA